UUAAAUUUAAAAAUCAAUUUUUGUGGCAAUUCAAUUUGUUUUACUUUUUCUCAACUUUAAGGAUUCAAAUGAAACUACACAAUAUAUAAUAAAGAAAGCAGUGGUAUUCUGUGUAAAUGUUACAAAGAUGAUCAAGUUUUUAUUUAUAUAUUUGCUGUUUUUGUGGUGUUCUGUUGAUGCAGCUGAUGAGUGGAAGCAAGCACCAUUUAUUAGAAAUCACCCUGAGAGCAUCACUGCUUCGAAGGGUGUUAAAAUUAUGCUAACUUGUUUUGUAAUGGGAUAUCCUCGGCCUAUAGUUACCUGGUACAAGAAUGGUGUACCUUUCAAGCUUAGGAGUGGAGUUUUUAUUUUGCCUGACGAUGCCUUAGUGAUUAACAAGGCUAAAAAAAAUGCCACUUAUGAUGAUAGUGGGGAAUAUUACUGUAACGCAACAAAUAUUAUGGGUAGUGAACGAAGUAAAACUGCGACUGUUAAAGUUAAAUAUUUAGGCGAAUCAUUCAAGCUAGUUCCAGAAAAUGCUACAAUACCAGACCUUGGAAAGCACAUAUUCAGAUGUAUACCGCCGUCUGGAGAGCCAACACCCACUGUUACAUGGUUAAAAAAUAAUUCUCCAGUAGUAUUCAGUUACAAUGUAAAAACUAAAAAAAGUGGCAAGGAGUACCAGCUAAUUAUAUCACCUGCAUCUUGGAAUAACCGUGGCAUGUAUUCUUGUGUAGCUACAAAUAGUGAAGAACAAAGAAUAAGUCCAGUUGCUGUAUUAAAAGUCAGGUUAUCUGCACCCCAGAUUGACAUUGCUAAAGAUGUAAUGAUGGUCUAUAAAGGUGAAACUGUCAUUAUAAAUUGUCAAUCACUUAAAUUACCACAACCGAAUCGAUUAUGGUCAAAAGUUAAUGGUGUUCUGCCUUCUAAAACACGUUUGCACACAGAUAUUGGAAUUUUAACUAUAUCAGAUGUCCAGCUAUCAGAUAAAGGAAUUUACAAAUGUACAGCAAAAAAUCCUGUUGGAGUGAAUUCAGAUACUGUUAAAUUGGAAGUAUACAAACAAAUGAAAUUCAAGGUUAUGCCUACUGGUAUGACCACAGGUCUUGGACAAACAGCAACAUUUAAUUGCAUAGUGCAAGGGGGAAGAGACCCUGCCCUGCAUUGGGAUGUCAAUGGAGAAGUUGUAAUGAAGCAACGCACUGUAAAUAAUAUGUAUGUGAACACCAAGAAUCAACUAGUGAUUAGUAAAAUCGAGCCAACUAAUGAAGGAACUAUAAAAUGUGUUGCUGAGGACAUACAACAUAAAAAAAUCAUAUCAACUGGUGUUAAAUUAAAAGUCUUAAGGACGGCAAAUAUUCAGUUGCCUGAAAUGACUUUGACGCCAGCUUCAGAUGCAGUGACUGAAGGAGGUAGUUUUUCCCUCACAUGUAAAGCCAUUGGUAGCAGAACGUUCACUUUUAGUUGGAUACUUGCUGGUAAAAACGAAUUGAUGCAUUCAGGAACAGCCGGUAUUAAAAUCAAAACAACCUCAACUGAAAGUGUAUUAACACUUAGUAGUGUAAUAUUGUCAGACACUGCCGCUUACAGGUGUAAAGUUACUUCUGCUAGCGGUACGACAUGUUCUAAGUUCAGUUACCUCUAUGUGAAUGCAACUGAUGCUGGACGACCCGGACAAGUUCCCUAUGUUAAAGUGGUUGAAUUAAAAUCAAGAUCGUUAAAGUUAAUAUGGGGUAAAGCAGUUGCCCAAACGCUUUCACCAAUCUUUUCGUACGUAAUAACUAUAAGAGAUGUUGCUGCAGGCACAGAGAAAAAAUCACUUGUUUUGGGUGGUGAUAACACAGAAAAAAUUAUUAGCAAUUUAACCCCAUCCUCCAUCUAUGUAAUGUUCGUUACAGCGCGAAAUAAAAAUGGAGACGGUUUGAGAAGGGGAACUGGAAAUGUUGAAACGUUAGCUGAAAACGCAGUUAAGGAUAAGCUUGAAAAUAUCGCUCUUUCGCUUUCACUUGUUGCUGCUACGUAUCAUAAUAUUGAAAUUCGUUGGAAUUAUCUUGAACCGAGCCGUAUCACAAGCUAUGCUUUGUACACUCGGGAAGAGGGAAGCAAAGAGUUUAAGCCAUCAAUGCUAAAUUCCAACACAAUUACCAGUUACAAGCUGACCAACUUGAAGCCAAACACUCGCUAUGAAAUCUUUUUGAAAGCAGUCAACGAGCAGUAUUUUAGCCCUCCUAGUCCAUCCUUAAUUGUGAAAACAGCUAGAAAAAUACCAGCGCCUAUAAAAGUGGGUAUGAAGAAAAUUAACGACCGAAACUUACAAGUGCAUUGGUCCCCUCCUUUAAAUUUUGAUCAGAUCGAGGACGUAAUGUCUUUUGAAGUGACCUGUGUGUAUGAUGGAGGUAGGUUUCCCGUGAUGCCCGUCAACAAGGAUGCUACAAUCAGUAUGCUGUCUGGACUACAUGAGUACGAAAGUUAUCACAUUUAUGUUCAAAUAAAGACAAAAAACGGGUAUGGAGAAAAGAGCAAAGCGUUUACUGUUCAGUUAGCAAGUAUGAAAGUAGGAGAGGUGUAUGGUGUUCCGUUAACUGAAGAUUCUGCUACGACAAACGCAGAAGAAGAUGGCGGCUUCAUAAAGAUCAUUAAAGAACCUUGGUUCAUUGUUCCGGUUGGUGUGUUGCUGUGGUUACUUUUGUUGGCCAUUGUCUUGUUGUUGUUUUAUCGGCGAUGUAAUCAGUGCAAGAGAUGUUGCGCUGCGAAACAAAAAAGAAGUCAUAAUGAAAGUUCACGAGGUUUAAUAGAUGGUACGCGAAUGGAUUAUCCGAAUACUAGCUUAAGCAGAAGAAUUAAUGACACGUACGAUCCUGCUCGUUCUGGAACUGGGAAAAAAUCGAUUAGCAGCUGCUGCAAAAGCCAAUCAAGUAGUAUCGAUGAAGAUUUCCCAAAUAGAGCUGAAAUUAAACCUCUUAUGACAUACACGAGACAUGAAAGCGUUGAAAUGAAGUUAAAAAAUAGCAAUGGCGAUCUAAAAGAAACCAAUAUUGGUGUUGCUAUGAAAAAUGGAUAUAUGGUUGAUACGCCAUUAAAUAAUGAACUCGACUACCGUUACCAGCCAGACACUCGAUUGUAUGAUAGUGGAGACGAAAGACCUCCACCGCGUUAUCGAGACGUGACUGCUCCUAACUCUGGUAGCAUGCCACGCAGGGAACCUCGUUAUCAAACUGACUCAGUUGAACGAAGGCAUGCAGAAAUUGUUCGAACUGCAGCGAACAAAUCGUUUUCUGAUGCUGACCUAGUUAAUGUGAUGGAAAAUAAUCAUCAAGCUUCCUGGAAACGUGACAAAGCGAAAAACUCGCCAAGACUUACUAACAAACCUCCAGGAGAGAACACAUUACGAAGGCAAGCCAAAACACAAUUUAAACCGUUGCCAAAGUUAGAAGUCCUGAAUUGGUCUGAUGGACUUCCAAACCCGCUAAAAGCACCUUCUACAAAUGGUAGUCAACCUUCGUCUCCUAAAAUGUCAUCAUCAGCGUCAAUGUUCAGCGAAAACACAGACCCUCGAGCAGACUCUAAAAUGUCACACGGUGAUUCUAGUAACUCGUUAAAUAAAUACACGUAUGAAAAAAGACGUCGACGUAACUCGAACGCUUCAUCGAUGAUGUCAUCAGAAUUGUAUCAGUCAGAAAUGGAUCCCUCAGGCUAUAGCGACGUUGUUUCUGACAGGAAACGCAGAAAGGAGAAAGCUAUACCUCCACCAAUUGACUUAGAUGGUCUAACUAGUGAUAUUCUUUUACAAUGGGCAGAAUCUGUGACAAACUCUAGCCCUAGCAGCAGUGGUUCUUCAUCGCCCGACCGUUUAAGUGGCAUAAGUAGUGAAGGAUCAAUUUAUACCGACGAGGAUUUUGCCCAAGCUGUUGCUGCAGUAGUUGAGUGUGGUGGCUUUAAUAUGGACUAUGACUAUUCUCUUCCAGGUAUGCCUGGUGCUCAACCUCCUUUAUCAGCAAGCCGAAACUUGAAAAUGAACAAAAUUGACCAGGUAUUGGCACAGCGAUCAAAAAUGAGAAAUUCGCCUGCCGCCUCUCUUCAAAGUAGAUCAAGAGACCCUUCUGUUGCCAACUCAUUUAUACCACAAAUAUCCAUGAGUGGUUACUUAACUGGUUCUCAAAAAGGACCGCAAAGUACGCACAGUGCUCCGUCAGGUAUUCCUCGCGCUACAAAAUAUCGCAACAGCCUGGCUGACAAUGUACAUGGCAGGUAUGGGACCGGUUUUCAAGACGUUGAUUCUGCCUCAACAAAUUCUUCAUCAAAACCACUAACAAUGUCGAACUUACUUCAACACGAUUCAAGUUUGGAACGAAAUAAAAAGGCUGGUAGCAAGCCGUUGACAAUGUCUAACUUGCGACAGCAUGAAACCAGUUUGGAUCGUGGUCGUUUAAGACAACAACCAAGUGCACCGAUUGGACGUGUGCCGAUGCAACACCGCACUGGCUAUACCGGCUCCCGUACGAACUCCAAUCCUGCUUUACUUCCCGAAGCACCAUUAUCGGUGACGUCUGCGUUGGAGAGAAACGAAUCGAUGCAUUCAAAUUCAAAAGACUCGGUUAAUUCGAGUACUAAAAAUGAUAGCGAAGUUGAAAACACUGUUGGCACAAGCGAGAGAAAGCCGAAAAAUAAAAAAUACUUUGUACAUUCUGAGCACCCGCAUUCAAGCACGAGUACUGUAAGUACUCUUAGGACUUCACCCGAUCACGGAAACCAAACUGAUUGCUGAUCACGAAAAUAAAGUCAUUUUCUUAAGUAAAUAUUUGAUGUCGUAAUGUCAAGAAUGUCCUGAGUCAGCCUUUUAAUAGAUUAUAUUUUUCAUAUUUUUUUACUGCACGCAUUGUUGAAAAUUGAGAUUUAUGCGUGUUAUUUUUAAAGCUUACUUCUUAGGAAAUACCUGUUGAUUUUAAAACUUGUGUAGGAAUUUAUUUUUUUAAAGAUCCUUAGACAAAUUUUCAAGUUUAUUUUAUAAGAAAUCAACUUGUUACUUCGCGGGAGGUUAGCUUUUACUUUACGACGACAAGCAAAUUACACAUGUAUUUUAGGAAGCAACAACUUAACCGUCGUUGGUCUCAAAUAUAAAGAUAAUUGCUAAUAUUGCCAGGGAAAGAAUUUUUGUCGUUUUUCCAUUUGUUUUUGCGAAACAAAAAAUGCGAUAUUCAUUUUAACAGUUUAUAUUUAAAAUCUAGCCAGUUUAAGGCUUUACGAAACUUUGAAAAUUUUUAAAGUGUUUUUUUUUUCUGUAAGCUAAUAGAUUUUUUCGUAUAUUAACUUGUAUAUUAAAGAUUUUGUUUUUGUGGUGUAAUGUUUUGAACGCUUUCCACGUUCUUCUAAUCAUAGUCUUCUAUCGUUGUUGUACAAGUGAGCUUAUGUACCCCAAUGUUGUUCACCGCUACUCUCAUUCAAAUGUUGUUCACCACUACUCUCAUUUUUCAACUUUUCAACACAAACCUCAAGCUGUACAAUUUUGAUUUACCUUUCCUUUCCUUGUAAAAGCUAAUUUCAUUACGUAAUCGGACAAAAAACUCAAAAUUGACGGGAUUUAUAAAGAUUUAUAAAAAUUUUGUUACAAAUUAUACAUUAGAAUGCUUAUUUAUAAAACUAUAAUCCAGGGUAGUUUCAAUUUUUUGCCGUAGAGCUACAAAGAAAGGUUCCUGAAAAACAUAUCACGAAUAUUCUGUCCGACAUUUUAUCCGACAUUUUUUGCCCGUGGGUAGAGAUUAUGAACAAAAUCUAAAACUCAAAGCGAGUAUCAAAAAAGCUUAAUUUACUUUUAUAGUUUCACAGUGCUUUCUCUGAAAAUAAACCAUGACGAAGGUAAAAUAAGACCAGGAUCCGCUCCUUUUGAUUUUUACAUUCCUAAAUCGCUAGAAACCCUCGCAUAACUAUUGCGUAGGAAAGCAGAUUGGUAUAGAUCCUACCUGGUGUACUCUUAUAAACCUGAAGAUGUCUAUUUGGAAUAUAUUUACGAGUUAGAUACUAACAGCCAACAAAGUCGUCCUAGUUUAAAAAAAUAAUGAACGAAGUUGUAAUAAAGAAACUCAACAAAAACCAACACCCCACUACUUCGUUCAUGUGUUUAUAUUUUGUUCGUUGAUAAAACGUGUCCCUCUCAGCGAGAUGGGCCGAAACCACGUGUACCCGCGUAAAUACAAGGUAUACGUAAUAAAUUAUAAUAAAAAUAGCACAUGUGUCGCUAAUAAAAUUUUUGAGCUAUAGUCUGGGAAAGCCCUGGUUUUCAAAUUUUGCUUUGCAAAAUGAAACAAAUACAUAAGCUACGAUCUCAAAAAAACGAUUCGAUAAACUGGUGGUCAGGAGAUUGGUGUCAAAAAUAACGAAACGAGACUUAUAAAAUUGCUAAAAAUGGCCUAAUUAUUUUUGAUUUAACAGUUGUUUUUACGCUUGUUUGCUGUUUUAUGUUUUAAAUAGUUUAUUUUGAACUGUAUUUAUUUGCUUGUAUUCUUUUUCUGUAUAUAAUUUGUUGUUUUA